AUGUCUGGCCUGCACAAACUCCCCCUCACAGUGGCCCUCUGCCUGCUGCUCCUUGCCACACUGUUACCCAGCUCUGAGGCACGGCGUGGUGGUCGUGGUGGCUUUGGAGGUGGAGGUUUUGGCCGAGGUGGAGGCUACAGCCGAGGCUGGGGUGGCGGUGGGGCGGGCUACAGACCCGUCCAGAGCAGUGGACCCAGUGCAGGGAAAGUAGCUGGGGCAGCUGCAGCGGGCGCCGUAGGAGGAGCAAUGCUGGGAUCUGCCUUGAGCCGCCCUGGGUAUGGAGGAUAUGGAGGAUAUGGUGGAGGAUUUGGAGGAGGGUAUGGAGGAGGGUAUGGAGGAUAUGGAGGAGGGUAUGGCUACCCACGAUUCGGAGGUGUUGGUGGCUACGGCUCCAGGCCUGGCUACGAGCCAGAGGGCUCUGGAGAUAUGGAGUACUACACUGCAGCAUCCAGCGGCCCCAUCUACAACAGUAUCAUCGUUGUGAUCGGCUCCCUGAUUUCCCUGCUGAUGGGCCACUGGGUGGUAGUCAUGUAG